ACUAAUUUCCGCCCUUUCUGAUGUCAGCCUACAAAAGUUUCCUUCCGCAUGUUUACGCAUUGGUCCUGUAUAUACCCCAGUUAUCGUACUCGUUUAGUGGCGUCCAUUUGGCGUGUGUGUGUAUUGUGUGUGUAUUGUGUGUGUCUAUGUGUGUGUGUAUACGUCCGCUGGCAGCAGUAUCUCUUCGAGUGUGCAGUUAUCUAGCGCUUCCUUCUCAACUGUUGUUCCCGGUGUUGUGCGAUAUCACCGUAUCUUCUGGAGGGCUGCUUCGAGGUCUCGUAGCAGCAUUGGGCCGUGGCCUCAGGAAGGGGUCGCCUGUCUCGUGGCAGCGCAACAAGAACCGUGCUGCCAGAGGUUUCAGCCGUGGCGGGAUUCCGCUUCGCCCCCUCGAUUCUCCAGGCGGCGUGCGCGCCCGGCGGCCAGCUGUGGCGGAACCAGUGCGCGCGCGCGUUUUCCUUCGUUCACGCGAGCUGACGGCCGGUCUCCCGGGUAAUCGGCCGCAGCGGUCCCUCCGAUAAAGCAGGCUCGCGCCGACGGCUGCGGCGGCAGACGCCCUCUGCUCGAACGCGCCAUAGCACACGGCGAGCCGAAGCCAUGGUCGCCUGCGAGAGGGUCCACGAUCUCAACACCACGGCGCUGCAGUGCGCUUUCGUUCGGGACACUGCCGACUGUCAUGUGGACGAGUCGUGGCUCGAGUACACCACGUUCGCCUACUGCGGUCCACUAGCGCCCUACCUUCCGAUCGGCGCCGAGGUGCUCGGGAUCGCUCUGCUUUUCCUCGUGCUGGGCAUGACUGCUGACGACUUCCUGUGCCCAGCGCUCGUGGUCAUGUCGCGCACACUACGCCUCUCGGAGAGUGUGGCCGGCGUCACGCUGCUCGCCUUCGGCAACGGCGCGCCCGACAUAAUCUCCUCGCUCGCCGGCAUCGAGCAGUCGCGACCCGCGCUCGUCAUCGGGGAGUUGCUCGGCGCCGGCACGUUCGUCACCGCCGUGGUGGCUGGCACCGUAUUCUUGCUGUGCCGCUUCGAGCUGGAACCGGACUCGUUUCUGCGCGACACAGUCUUCUACUUGGCCGCAUCCUUUUGGACCUUCUAUCUCUUCCACGCCGGUGGCGUGACGCUGGGUCAUGCCGUCGGCUACCUUGGCCUGUACUGCGUCUACAUUGUGGUCGUGCUUGUCGGCCACUUCUGGAAGCAGGCGCACCCAGAGGAACUUCCCGCACUUCCGGACAGCCCCGUCAAGGUGGUGGUGGAUGUGCCCGCAGAGCCUCCGGUCCAUAGUCACCUCCUCGUACCGCCGGCGACGCCCGACUGGGUACAGGAACGGAGGUCUUCAGUCAGUAGCGUGGCGAGCAACAGCAGCACCGGCGUGGCACGGCGGCGGCGAAGUUCCACUGGCAGCCUCCACCGGCACCACGAGCACGCCAUCGCGGCCUUCAUGCAGGCCUCGCACGAGGCAUCGAUGGAGCGCCGUAUAUCCCAAUGCUCGCAACCGCCACUCGAGCCCAUCGUGGUGAGCGAGAAGACGCCGCUCCUGGGCACUACCCGGACCCCCUCCGUGGUCGUCCAGGACCCGGGACCUUGGGCCGAGUUCCUGUCCCAGCUGGUGCCUUGGGACCCUGAGGAGUGGGCCGAACGCGGUAACGCUGGAAAGAUAUACGACGUCGUCACGUUUCCUGUGCGGUUCGUUCUCGUGCUGACAGUGCCUGUUGUGGACUACGAGAACGCCAAGAACAACUGGUGUCGUCCGCUUAACGCCUUACAUUGCGUGACUGCGCCUUUCUUCGUGGUAGUCGUUCUCGGCCGCGCCGACGACUACAUCGCCGGCAAACUUCCUUGCUGGGCGCUGGCCCUCCUCAUUGGCGGCAUCGCUGCGCUGCUUGUGUGGUUCAGCUCUAGCUUCGAGAGCGCACCGCGCUACCAUUUUGCUUUCGGCUACGCGGGUUUUAUUCUGUCCGUGCUGUGGAUCUACGGCGUGGCCAACGAACUGCUGGACCUCUUGCGCACCUUGGGCCUGGUAGCGGGCAUCAGUGACGCCAUCUUAGGACUUACUGUGCUCGCGUGGGGCAAUAGUCUCGGAGACUUUGUGACCAACGUUGCCGUGGCGCGUCAGGGAUAUCCGAGCAUGGCCAUGGCUGCGUGCUUUGGCGGGCCGCUUCUCAACCUGCUCAUGGGCGUCGGUCUUCCGUACACGGUCAAACUGGCGCCAGUGGGCUUCGGCGCCCGGCUUCCGCUGGAGCUCACGCCGCUCGUGUCAACCCUCUAUGGAGGCCUUGUUGCUUCGCUGUUGCUGUCGCUGUACGCCACGCUGUUCUGCCGGUACCAGUCGAGUCGCAUUCAUGGGGCUUCCUUGCUUGCCCUGUACACGCUCUUCUUGGCAGCUGCAGUGACCGUGGAGACUACGUACGCCUAGCCCGUCGUCGGAUCUCGGUGGACGUAAUGCGCGUCUUAUGAAAACUUGGGCUCACGCAUAUACAGCGAGUCAUUUUCCGCGCAGGACGCUGCUCUUAUGGAGAAACAAAGCAUCUUGAAGCUUCUUUCAAAGUGCACUUGAACUUGAUAUCCUCCGUUUUAUGACGAAGACCUGCCAUCUCUGCUCUUCUUAGUCGACGUACGUGGCAGCAUGCGGCUGCGUUCGUUGUACAUACUACACUAAAACGGGUCUCUAUAGUUCUGUUUUAGACUACGCCCGAGACAGCGCUAUGCUCCGAGUGUUGUGAACCAGUAACAUGGUGCGCUGCGAUUCGGCUGCGCAAAUACAGUUGCGUGAUUUGCAAAGCGCCGUGGCCUGGCGGCCCUUGAGCCCCUUUUCCGCCCCACUUUCCGGCAGACGUGGAAGAAGGUUGUCCGAGACACCUUAACUCUUCGUGCCUUAUGACCUUGUUAUCGAUGGUUGUUGUGGACUGGGAGUAUCGUGAUUUACGACAGUUUGCUUGUUAUGUUGACGUAGGUUUUAAAACAUUUCUGUCGAAGGAUAAAUAGCGGGGGCAAUGGGUGUGGAGUCUUAUGCCGGUGUCAUAUUUUCAGCGUGUCGUCGUGGCAAAUGUUUCCCAUCUUGUACUGACUUGCCUACUACGGCAGUUCCAUUUAGAGAACAAAUUGACGUGCAUACAUAGUUUUUUUUUCUCGUUCUUUUUCGGUGUUUUGUAUUGAGUGUUCGAUAUGUCGUGUUCACUAAAAUAGUGCUAAUCAUUGUGGAAAAGGUUUUCCCCGUUUCACCGAGUGGAAUUUGUAGUGUGCCUGAUAAGACCCCAGUGUUUUGUCCGCGACAAAAUUGACCUUGGUGGAUCUUGCGGCGAUCAAUACUGCUGCGUUUUUCGCUUGAUGAUUCGAUCGCGUUAGAAUCACUGACCAUUGGAAACGAGUAAAAUAACGAAUACAUUGAGAUUCGCUUCCCGAAACGCCACCAUGACCUGCUUUGUGUGUGAACUUUUUUACUUGCUUAGUUAGGUCUUUUCACCGACCUGGUCGACUUCCAUAUUCAUUAAGGUACAGCCGCUCAAUCGCGUCAUUAGAGACCGAGUCUUUCGCAUAGUGUUGCAGUCUAUCUGAACUUCUGUAAUGCAUUUACUGUGAUACUUUAGAAACACGUGUUAGUCAUUACAUGUCUGCUUUAUUGUACCUCCAACGCCGUGAACGUAAUGAUUAGCUGAUUUUACGCAGUUUUCACGCCGACAUUAAGCGCGGCCUCUUAGGCCCCGAAGAAACAUAGUAUUGUCGGAUGCUGCAGCGAAUGAAAGCUUUAUUUUAGUUCAACGUGGCCAGUGCGCGCUUGUUUUGUAGCCCAUAGCGGCAGCAUGAGUUCUCGCACAUUAUAUAAUAGGGAGGAGUCUUUGAAGCAAUAUACAGGGGAAAAAAAGAAGAAAGAAAAUGUACGAAUGGAUAUAUACUCGCGUGUCCGCGACCUCCGCCGUGCAUGUUUCCUGCGUGCGCAAGUUUCGAUUUUUUAUUAUUCAUAUUGUUGUUGUUAUUUAUUUUUUUUUAACUUUCGGGCUUUCAGUAGUCAACCGCUUUUCUAAUGGUACACCGUGGCUGACCCGCGCAGUUUGUAAUUGAAAUUUAAUUUCGUUGCUCACCAAACUACCAAACGUCUUGCGCCUUCAGACUGUCGCACAUAAUUACUCUUCGUAAACUGCAGCUGUGAAUUGUGCAAGAUGUCUAGUGUUUCAGACACCGAUGGCACAUUGUGUCUGAUUUGAAUGCAGAUGCACCUCAAACACGGCGCCUUUUCUGUGUUGCCUGCGUUCAAUUCGAGCGCGCUAAUGUUAUUGUUAUCUGAUUGAAACAAUGCUGCACUUUGACGCUGUCAACCUGUUUCGCUCCCGCUGAACCCCAAUACUAACACAACCUUUGACCUUGUAUUGCUUUUCCGUAAGUCGCAGAAUCUUGUUACCUCUAGGUCUGCCGCCAUGGAGAGCACUGGCGUAUGCACAGGCGCCCUGGUUUUAUAUUUCUUGUGAUGAGCACCCCCCUCCCGUGGAUGCGCCCCUGUCGGAGAGUGUAUGUACAGUCGCGUUCAGUUGGUGUUGCGCGUACAUCACAUUGAGGUUAGCCACGUGUGUAGAAUGCUCCCUGUGCGUAGUUCCGUCUCGAAUUGAUCCGGGUUCUGGGCGUUGUGCGGGCGAUUGCGGCCUCCCCGAGUUUCCACCGCCCCUCUCUUAAUUGUUCUCGGCGCGCACGCCCAAUCAGCCAGGGCAAGGUUCAGGGCCUUGUGCGCUGCGUAGAAGACGCGGAAACUGCCGGCCAGUCUGUUCCACCCGCGCGCUUCGAUCACCUAUCGGGGCGCGCGCGUGGCUGUUGUCAACAGAGCGAGUCUGCCAUCGGCGGCUACUGGCGCGCUCCGUACUGCCGGGGCUCGUCGUGGCGAAGUUGUGGCGUAGCGCGGGCUCACGUGUUGCCAUAGCACUCAUGCACGAUCUCGGUUAACUAUUUUUUUUUUUUUUUUUGUGGCGUGUUUCUCUCCCCCCCACCUCUCUCUCUCUCUCUCUCUCUCCAUAGCUUAGCCGUCAGUGGGGCUUGCCUGUUUGUGUACAAGGCCGGUAUAUAAAGUAAGGAUUCCUUUCGUUCGAUUCUAUUCCUCUCUUAUCGUCCACCGUUCACGACCGGCCGGUUCCGGUGAUAACGUGGGUGGAGCAUCGCUUGGACCGCUAACGAAAUGCGAAAGGAAAUAUCAUUGGAACAGAAUCGUUACGUUAUCCCGCCCCAGGGCCGGUAUUUUGUAGCGAUGCCUUUAAUGUCAUAAUGCCUUUUCGCGCUUAUCGCGCUUUGUCAGUGGUCGGAGCGACGGUCCG